AGAAUUUACCUACCUUCACGUGAAGGUUACGAGGGUUUUCUUCUUCUACUAUGAUUGAUAGAAGCGGGAGGAGGGAAGAACAGGGAGAGAAAGAGAGAGAGAGAGCUAUGGCGAUGGCGAUGAUGAGCGAAUGACAAGAGCUAGCGCUCUCCCUCAGGUAAGGCGCUAGCUAGGUGAUGCAUUCCUGGAGGCGCUGAGGAUCAGGUUAUCCAGCUCCGCGAGAUUAUCUGUUGCGCGCUGCCGGAUCAGAUUUUUCGCAGCUCUGAUUUGCCGCAAGAAGCCACAAAUUUGUCCGGGAUUCUGGAAAUUUCGAGGGAUUUCGUCCUGAUCCUAGGAAUUGGAGGCGAGAGCCGUGAUGAGCUACAUUUCCUGGCACCGCAUUGCCCAGCUGCUGUGAAAUUGGGGGAGCUUGGCUGGGCGGCCAUGGCGCACGACGACUUGUUCGUGGCGAAGCCAUUCCGGGGAUAGGAGGACAUUUUCUGGGAUGGCCUAACGCGGGCAAGGGGCUAGAACAUGACGGAGUCCGCUGGAGUUCAAGUGGUUCAAGGCCGUCUAGGAUCACUCUCUCUACAUGGAAAUGGAAGCCCUGGAUCGACCCUCUUCUUCAACGAGACGAGCUAUUUGCCACACGAGAUUGAUUGGUCUUACGUGAACCACCAAGAAUGGGAACCUCGCUCAUUCCAAAAGUCCCACACGGAUGAAUGGGUUCCACCGGCAUCAACGACGACGCCUUGGAGUAGGAAUGGUUUUAGUCCAGCGAUGGCUUCCUCGCAGCUCAAAGGAGUGGCCGGGGAGUGCCUCGACGUGAGCAACGAUUCGAGCCUGUUUUCGAGCUCCCUCCCGUCCUUGGUAAAAGCCAAAUUGACGAUGUCAGAAAGUGAUGUUGAUCAUUCACUUGGCGCUGAGGACGAAAUUUUUGGGUCUCUCGAGGAGAUGGAAUCGCAAACUAUUGGCAGGCUUCUUCCCGAUGACGAGGAGGAGCUGCUGGCUGGAAUCGCUGACGAACUUGACGUUGUACCAUAUAGUGCUGAGGACUUUGAAGAUUACGAUUUAUUCAGUAGCGGGGGAGGACUUGAGAUGGAAGGGGACUCGCAUGAAAGCCUUCACUCUGGAUCAGCUCAUGGUACGAUAGCUGGAGAGCACCCCUAUGGAGAACACCCCUCUCGAACUCUUUUUGUGCGAAAUAUCAACAGCAACGUUGAAGAUAGCGAGCUCCGAGAACUUUUUGAGAUUUACGGGGACAUUCGUACGUUAUACACCGCUUGCAAACAUCGUGGAUUUGUAAUGAUUUCCUACUAUGAUAUACGAUCUGCUAGAACUGCUAUGCGUGUACUUCAAGGCAGGCUACUUCGGCGACGCAAGCUGGAUAUUCAUUUUAGCAUUCCAAAGAGGUCGCUCGUUUACCAGGACAAUCCCUCCGACAAGGAUAUCAACCAAGGCACCCUUGUCGUCUUCAAUCUUGAUGCAUCAGUCUCUGGUGAAGAUCUUCGUAAAAUAUUUGGCCAGUAUGGCGAAGUUAAGGAGAUACGUGAAACACCUCACAAGAAGCACCACAAAUUUAUUGAAUUCUACGACGUACGAGCCGCCGAGGCUGCACUGCGGGCAUUGAAUAGAAGCGAUAUUGCAGGGAAACGCAUCAAACUGGAACCUAGCCGUCCCGGUGGUGUCCGAAGAAGCUCUUGUAUUGGCAGUUUGAUUCCUCGGCUUGGUCAAGAAUUUGAUCCUGAAGACGGAUACCAUUCACCAUUGGCUUGGACGAACUCUCCUCCAGCUGACUGGGGGACCAUAAACGACACGCAUGACUCUGACACAACAUUUAUCUCACCUAAGCCCCUGAGCUACAGGCCUUUCUCCCCAAAAGUCACGUCACAGGACGUAUCUCCUCCUGUCAGAAUAGGAAUGGUUGACAACAGUCACGUUGUGCAGAACACAAUGAGAAACCAUCUGCUGGAACAGCAAGGACUUGGACAGCAUCACCCCCACUCCUUGCCAGAGUUUAGCAGCGGUCUGUAUAGAAAUGAACUCUUCAGCAGCUCCACAGCGGGCUUUUCAACAGUGGCUGCCCCUUUGAGGCCGAUUGAAGGCUUUGAGACGAGGACGCUUUCUAGGACUACGAGUACCUUAAAUGACAGCUCCACAACCUAUGCAGUACACGCUACUGGUGUAGCAUCCUCUCUUCAAAGAUCUUCCAGCCUAAGCAUCUCUCUGACCAGCCAGCCUAUGAUCUGGGGUUCUGGCAGUGGAGGGGCUUACAGUCAAGGUACUACUGCGAAAAGCUCGUCACCUUUAAUGUGGCAGAGCCUAUCGCCCGGCCAUCCAUACAGUCAACGCUCCGCGGAUGCGCAUACUAAUUUGUACAAUUCAGCCUUCUCUCCACAUAGUCACCAGCUUGGUUCAUAUUCUCGCGAUCAUUCUUUAGGGGACCGGCACCACAGUUAUCUCCGAGAAUCGCCAGAGAUUUCGUCUUAUCUCCAGUCGGGCUCCGUCAAAAGUCCAAACAUUGGGAGCCUAGAGCACCACGGUCCUUCGUCUCCAAACUUUGGUAUGUUCCUGCCUCAACGGCUGUUUGGAAACUGCGGCUCUCCAUUAGACGACCGACGCAACAGAAGAAUGGACAGCACUCCCGCUCAAGUGGACAACCGGAAGCAGUUUCAGCUGGAUUUGGAUCGUAUUGUUGCUGGGGAGGACACUCGAACGACGCUGAUGAUUAAGAACAUACCAAACAAAUACACUUCGAAGAUGUUACUGGCCGCGAUUGACGAGCAGCACCGUGGAACGUAUGAUUUCAUAUACUUGCCCAUUGAUUUUAAGGUAAGCGAGUUUUCAGAAGGGGUUGUGCGAACCACAUCUAACCAGAGGCUUCAACAGAAUAAGUGUAACGUCGGAUACGCAUUUAUCAAUAUGCUGUCGCCUUCCUUGAUCGUGUCCUUCUACCAGACGUUCAAUGGCAAGAAAUGGGAGAAGUUUAACAGCGAGAAGGUGGCAUCGCUCGCGUACGCGCGGAUCCAAGGCAAGGCCGCGCUGAUCGCGCACUUCCAGAACUCGAGCCUCAUGAACGAAGACAAGCGAUGCCGGCCGAUAAUCUUCCACUCGGACGGACCAAACGCAGGUGACCAGGAGGCAUUCCCGAUUGGUGACAACGUCCGGAGUGGUCGAUCUUCUGGACGGCUUGGAAACCAAGCGGUGGAAGGCUUCUUCGCGAGACCCGGCGAGUUCUUGGGAGGAGAAGGUGUUGGCGAUGGUAGCGACGAAGCGUUCCUCUCGCUGGAGACGCUCAACAUCUCAUCGCCAGGGAAUUGACCAUGUAAGUUUUCCUUUUUGGUAACCAACGCUACUAUGGCUCCAGAGCUGCUACUACUACCAGAGACUAGAGAGAUCCUCUCUUCCAAGCGUGUAUAUAGCUUCAAAGGAAGUGAUCCAUGAUAGAAGACAAUGAAGAGAGACUGGAUUGGAUGUAAAUAAAGUAAAAUAUGAAUUUGCUUUGCUUUGUGGUUA